UUGGUCACUCCAAAGCUGCUGUCAAACACGCCAGAGCCAAUCGAAUUGUGGCUGCUUUGUUACUAUUGGUAAAAAAUUCCGGUCAAUCAGCGUCCAGAGAAAUUCAGCCUCCUCCGAUUGGAGCGUGCUCCACGCGUAUUGUGCGUGUAAUCGAAAGUGAUUGAAGUGCGGACGUGCAGCUAAUUGUGCGGAAGUGAUUUGAUUGUUUUUUGUUCGGUGACGCGUCAAAAGAUAAUCGGUGCUCCAGAAUCGUUCGCUGGUUGUGAUUGUAAAUUUACGCGUAGUUCUCGACAUUCCACAAAAGAUGACCGACCAAAGUGCGGGAAGCCACUCCGGCGAGAAAAUGACCGAUGCCCAGCGUGUCCUCGAAGACUUUUGGCCAGAGGUGAUGGACGAUAUGCAGCGGAUAAAGCAUGUCGAACCUGGCAACCAAGUGCUUCCCCUAGCUCGCAUCAAAAAGAUCAUGAAACUGGACGAGGAUGUUAAGAUGAUUUCCGCCGAGGCGCCACUGCUGUUCGCCAAGGCAGCCGAAAUCUUCAUCCAAGAGCUGACCUUGCGGGCUUGGUUACACACGGAGGAUAACAAGAGACGUACCCUGCAGCGGAGUGACAUCGCCAUGGCCAUUGCUAAAUACGAUCAGUUCGAUUUCCUGAUCGACAUCGUUCCGAGGGAUGAGAUCAAACCGGUUCGCAGAGAUUACGAAACCAAGCCGGCGACCGACGAUGUGCAGUACUAUCUACAGCUGGCCCAGCAACACCAGCAGGCACUGCAGAGCAGUAGUGGAACGACGCCGGCUACGGCUACAACGACGAGUGCGGCCGGGCCAAGUACCAGUGCUGCUGCCAAUAUCGUACAGGUGCAGACGGCUCCCGCCGUGGUGACACAGCAAAUUGCUCAGCCCGUCGUCCAGCAGACUCAACCGGUGCAAGCGCCAGCUCCUCAGAUCGCCACCAUAACGACUCCUACGCCGAACAUAAUCCUCACGAAUCCGGUAGCGGCAACGACCACCAUGCAAACGCCGACGGUCAGCUCAAUCGCACCCACUCAGAUAGCUACGACAGGGCAACCGUUCCAACUGGUUCAGCAGGUCCUUACCCCAAGCGGAGAAGUGACGCACAUUCCCAUCCCCCUCACCCAAAGCCAGCUGAACUUCAUACGGUCGCAGAUGCAGAUCCAGGGCGCAACGAAUGUCGCGACUACAUCAACGGCAGCAACGCCACAACCUAUCAUCAUACAGACACCCCAAAUCCAAACCGCUCCAACCAUCAUUCCGGCCGGAGUUUUUCUCAACGCAGCGCAUCUACAUCAGAUGCAACAGCAGCAGCAGCCGCAACAACAGCAACAACUUCAUCAUCCGCAGCAAACCCACAUCAUUCAGCAGUCACCGCAGGUGGUGCAGCAGCAGCAACAUCAUCAUCAGGUGCAUAUGCAGCAACAACACCAGCAAAUCCAGCACCAUCAACCGUCUCAUCAACAGCACCAACCGCCUCCGCACGAGUGACAUAGAGUUUAAGAAUAUUUAAGAAUUAUAGAUACUAAGUCAUAUGUGUUUGUAAAUAGUUUGUGCAUUCUGUAAGGAUCUAUAUAUCUACUCUUGUCACAGGCCAUGCGAAGUUACGAGUGAUUAAAUGAACGUACCUACAUAAACUAUA